AAGCUCCCACACCAGCACUGGAACAUGAGGGAGCAAGAAAAGAGGAGCUCCUCAAAUCAUAGAUGCAGACGGCCAUAGAAGACAUGAGCACCAGCAAAUCUGGCAUCAGGACAACUUUCAUUUGCCAAUAUUUACAUAACAAAUCAAAUGUUCCCCCUAAUUAGAAAAUUGAUAGUGUUUACCUGGAGACUCAAACUGCCAAACAAGUGAUACAUCCCACUCCUGGGUUCAUUUCUACUUUAUCCCUUAAUUUCUAACACAACCUCAAUAAAACGAUUGCAAGACAAGCUAAUACUUUACAAUGCUGUGACUUCAUUUUGACAGACACAGAUCUCCCAAAAGGCAUAAACCAAGCUAACAUACACUGAGAUAUAGCUAUUAAUAAGCCCCUCACUGCCUUUCAAAUGGCACUAGCCUGCAUGGAUAAAUGUUAGAUGGCAAGCAUCUGUGUUUGGCUUUCUCCAAUGGAUAUUGUGAUGACAUCCCAGAUGGCCCAGAGGACAGGACAGGGACCGCAGAGACACAGUUUGACUGGAGGUUCAUCUGUGGUCCUCUCCACAGCCAGUUCCUUCCUCUGUUGGCUUGCCCUGCUGUCAAUAAUGCGGUUACCAAUGGUAACAGCAGACUGCUGGCUGAUUGAAGGGGAGAAGGGCUUUGUGUGGCUAGCUAUCUGCAGUAUGAACCAGCCACCUUAUGAGGCCAUUCCCUCCCAUAUUAACAGCACUAUCGUGGAUCUGAGACUGAAUGAGAACAAGAUACGGUCGGUCCAUUACUCUUCACUCAGUCGUUUUGGAAACCUCACCUAUCUAAACCUCACCAAGAACGAUAUCAGCUAUGUGGAAGAUGGAGCAUUCUCAGCCCAAUUCAACCUGCAAGUUCUCCAGAUGGGCUUCAACAAGUUGAGGAACCUGACAGAGGGGAUGCUGCGAGGCCUGGGCAAACUGCAGUAUCUCUACCUGCAAGCCAACCUCAUUGAGACUGUUACACCAAACACCUUCUGGGAGUGCCCUAACAUAGAGAAUAUAGACCUCUCCAUGAACAGGAUCCAGGUGCUGGAUGGCAGUUUGUUCUCUGGACUCUCUAAGCUGACCACCUGUGAACUUUACACCAACCCCUUCAACUGCUCUUGUGAGCUGCUGGGUUUCCUACGCUGGCUCUCAGCCUUCCCGAACAGGACCAGUGAAAGGAUGGUGUGCGACUCCCCACAGGGAUUCUUUGGAUACAACCUCCUGAGCCAGAACCCCCGUAUGCCUACCCAACGCAAUGCUCUGCACGUACUCAGUCUUGUAUGCACAGAUGAUGGCGUUACUCCCUUCUUUGUGCUUGGUUCAUCUGAUUCCACCACCCUUCCUCCAGAUUUUGCUUCUCCAUGUGGAUUGGAUGAUUGCGCAUCAGGGACCCCUCCAGAUGAGGAGAUCAGCUUAAGCCCCAUUUUCACGGAUGUCAAUCCAAUCAUGACGCUAAAGCAGGUUCAACAUUCAAGCGCUGUGAUAACAGUUCAGAUCCCUCAUCCGUACAAGAAAAUGUACAUCCUGGUGCAAUAUAACAACAGUUUCUACGAUAUCAGGACUCUUAAAAACCAGAGAGAAGAUAUUGAGCUGAAUAACCUAAAAACCAACACUGACUACACAUACUGUGUGGCUUCUAUACGAAACUCCUUGCGCUUUAACCACACAUGUCUGACCUUGUCAACUGGCCGCCGUGCUGGGGCCGGAAGGACUGCCAAUCAAUCGUCAGCCACCCAUUACAUUAUGACUAUCUUAGGCUGUUUGUUUGGCAUGCUACUAAUUCUUGGGCUUGUUGUCCACUGCCUCAGGAAGAGGAGGAUAAUGGAGGAGAAGGAAAGGAAAAUGAACAGGAUCCAGAGGACUCUGAUAGAGCUCAAGUAUGGUGGAGAAGGGGAUAUAGAGGGGGGGAGUGGGGGGUCUGUCUCCCAGAAGCUUGCUGCAGGCGACAGUCUGUCCAGAAUGCCAUACCUUCCUCAGGGUGGUGAGAUAGAUCCAUAUAAGCUGCAGGAGGUGAUAGAAACACCAGCGCACAAGCCUGCUAAAAUGAACUACAUGGAGGUGAGAGGGUCCGGUAUUGAAAGGGAGAGAGAACGAGAGCGAGAACGAGAGCGAGAGCGAGAAAGAGAGAUGUCCCCUCAAGCAAAUCCACAGGGCUCAGUAGCAGAGAUCUCUACCAUUGCUAAAGAAGUUGAUAAAGUUAACCAGAUCAUCAACAACUGUAUAGAUGCUCUCAAAUCGGAGUCUACCUCCUUUCAACAAGGGAUGAAAUCUCCCUCUUCAGCAGGUGGAGGGGCUGUUUCAACUGCAGAGCCACAGCUGGUGCUUCUUUCUGAGCAAGGAGAAAGAGGAGACAGAGGAACUGAGUUCCUUUCUCCGGUGUAUAAGGGAGGAAGGGGUGGAAGAGAUGAGAGGGGGAGAAGCUACCAUCAUUCGCUGCAGCGACACCAUAGCAUGGAAGCUCCUCCAACCUCCAAAAGGCCCAGUACCUCCUCCUCUCCAGGUUCCGCCCGGAGCCCUCGCUCAUUUCGCUCAGAGGGAGGCUACCACUCUUCAGAAACCCGCUAUAUUGAGAGGUCCUCGCCCGGAGAGAGAGGAGAGAGAGGAGAGAGAGAGAGGGAGAAAGAGGUGGAGGAGGUGGAGAUUCUAUCCGUACUGUCAACCCUGCAGCAGCUAUUCUACGAGCUGAAGCCCAGAGAAUUCGCCAGUACAAUGAACAUCGCCACUCCUAUCCUGGAUCCCAACAGCACCUCCAGGACCUGCAGCACCAUCCCCAGAUUCUGCAGGAACUGCACCACCACCCAGGCCGUAAGCCCUCUGUGUUAGAUCCGCUGACCCUUACCAGGCAGGCAAAGCAGCGAGAGCUGGCCUACUCCCAGCUCUCACCUCACUACCCACUCUCACCCCAGUAUCACAACCUC